UGGAUGCGAUCCAACAACACAAUCCCAAAGAAGAAGAAGGGUUCUUUGACGCAACUACGUGGGAUUAUUUUAAAUAGGACAAGAUGGCCGAGGUUAGCGGGCUGAGGAAACGGAAUCAUUUCGAACAAAACCGCAAAAGACACGUCUUUGACGAAGGUGCGGGUGGUGUGGAAGAUGUUCCUCUGUCCCUGCCAGAUCGGAAGCCUCCUCCCAGGAUGGCGCCUCGGGCAGAGGCGGAUAGCGAGACAGACGAGGAGUGGGAACAGGCCCCAGAGCUGACUGCUGCCGAUCAGAGUCCUGUCAAGGAGCAACCUGUAGAAGAGGUGGUGGUGGAGGAGAAGGCUCGGCCCAUCCAGAUUGUCCUGGCUCACGAAGACGACCACAAAUUUGAGCUGGACACGGCGGCUCUGGAGAAGCUCUUACUGCAGGAGGAUGUCAGAGACCUUAAUGUGGUGGUGGUGUCAGUGGCUGGGGCCUUCCGUAAGGGGAAGUCCUUCCUGCUGGAUUUCAUGCUCCGAUACAUGCUCAACCAGCAGCAGGAGCAGUCAGACUCGUGGGUUGGGGCUGAUGAUGAGCCGCUGACAGGGUUCAGCUGGAGAGGAGGCUGUGAGAGGGAGACCACAGGGAUCCAGGUCUGGAGUCAGGUGUUUGUGGUCAACAAGCCGGAUGGGAGCAAGGUUGCUGUUCUGCUAGUGGAUACACAAGGAGCCUUCGACAGCCAGUCUACCAUAAAGGACUGUGCAACGGUUUUUGCCUUGAGCACCAUGACCAGCUCUGUACAGGUGUAUAACUUGUCCCAGAAUAUUCAGGAGGAUGAUCUUCAGCAUCUCCAGCUCUUCACAGAAUACGGCCGGCUUGCUUUGGAGGAAAUCUAUCUAAAACCCUUCCAGUCUCUCAUGUUCCUCAUCAGAGACUGGAGCUAUCCAUAUGAGCACAACUAUGGACUGGAGGGAGGUAAACGCUUUCUAGAGAAGAGACUGCAGGUGAAACAGAACCAGCACGAGGAACUGCAGACCGUGAGGAAACACAUCCACUCCUGCUUCUCCAACAUCGGUUGCUUCCUACUGCCCCACCCCGGCCUCAAAGUGGCCACCAACCCCAUGUUUGACGGCAGAUUAAAAGACAUUGAUGAUGACUUUAAGGAGGCACUGGGCAAUCUGGUGCCCUUACUGCUGGCUCCUGAGAACCUGGUGGAGAAGGAGAUUGGAGGGGCUAAAGUGACCUGCAGAGAUCUAGUGGAGUACUUUAAGGCCUAUAUAAAGAUCUAUCAAGGGGAGGAGCUUCCUCAUCCUAAGUCAAUGUUACAGGCAACGGCUGAAGCCAACAACCUUACAGCAGUUGCUGGAGGAAAAGACACUUACAGCAGAAGCAUGGAAAUGGUGUGUGGAGGGGACAAGCCCUACAUUGCCCCUGCAGACUUGGAACGCUGCCAUGAGGAGUUCAAGGAGUGCUCGGUGCGUCAGUUCCGCUCUGUGAAGAAGAUGGGAGGGGAGGACUUCUGCAAGAAAUACCAGGAGCAGCUGGAGGGCGAGCUGGAUGAGGCCUACUCCAACUUCCAUAAGCACAACGAGGGCAAGAACAUCUUCUACGCUGCGCGCACACCCGCCACGCUCUUCGUUGUCAUGUUCACCACCUACAUCGUCUCAGGGCUGACCGGCUUCAUUGGAAUGAACACUAUUGCCGUGCUGGCCAACCUGGUCAUGGGCGUGGCUCUCAUAACUCUCUGCAUGUGGGCCUACGUCAAAUACUCAGGGGAGUUCAGAGAUGUGGGCACCAUCAUAGACCUGUUGGCAGAGACACUCUGGGAACAGAUGACUGCCAGAAAGGUGCUUUCCAAACUCUUUGAGUUGGCCAGGAGUCGAAUCACGUGGCACUCUUUCCUACCAUCAGCAGCAACGCAGAGAAAGAGACUCCCCUCAAACAACAAUGACAAGAAGACUCACUAACUUUUCUGGCUAGCUGCUUGGCUCUUUAUUUCCAAAUGCAUCUGCAGUCCACUCUUGUCAUUCCUUGUGACAUAUGGGGCUGGUCUUAAUUACAGGGAGGUUGUGUUUGCCUAGUUCAUUCUACAUGUAGAAUAUGCAGGUUGGCACUCCCUAAUCUUCUGAUUGUAAUCACAGCAGGCCCACUGGAAUUGGCCUACUGACUAGUCUUAAAUCAUCUCAACAAUUAUUGUAUUUUUUAAUCCAUUUGUUCAUUUGCCAUUCUGCUCGUCAUACCUUGUGGCCUAUGGGGUCUGUUUGUCAUUACAGGGAGGUUGUGGCCGGUCUUAAUUACAGGCAGGUUGUGUCUGCGUAGUUCACUCUGUUCCAUGUAGGAUGCAGGUUGGCACUCUCCCUACUCUUCUGAUUGUAAUCACAGCAGGCCAACUGGAAUUGACUUGACUAGUCUUAAAUCAUCUACAUUUUUCAUAGGUUUUUGUUUUAGCCAUUUGUUCAAUUGCCAUGAUUGGAGUUUAGUUUUUGCGAUGUUUUAAAUGAUCAUGCAUGUUUUCAGUCUGUAUGUUGGACAGAAUCUCUUCCCCCUCCAUUUGUCCUCAUGUUUUCAUUUCUAUUGAUUUGAUUUCGUCUCAUGUCAUGUCCCUUUGUGCUCUCCUCUUCCCUCCUCUCCAGGUGUUGAAGCCACUGAGUGCGCAAUAUAUGGAGGAUAACGUUAGACAGACUGUGGUUAACUCCAUCAGAGCCAGUCUGACGGAACAAGCCACACAGCACGCAAAAUUAAAGUCACACUGACCCCUCCUGCUAUUACUCUACCAUCCACUCACCCCACCCCUUCACUCAGUGCUAAAUCCUAGGACUGUGGCACUGUGCAAACCAAAGUUUACCCUGCACAGGCCCAGCCAGCCUCCCUGUCUGCUGUAGUGGCCUGUCUUACUGCUGGCUACUCUACUCUUGGAUCCCCCCUGUUGGAAGGUGGACAAUCAGUGAGUUAAGAAGUAGUUGCCGGUCUGCUCUCACUUUUACCACAAUUUGACUGAUUCACACGCAACCCCCCCCAUAUACACCUAUGUCAGGAUUUUAAAUUAUGAAGUGUUAGGUUUGCUGACCCGGUUUUAGUGUUGUCAUAUUAAGCAGAUUGCACUUGCUUGGUUUCAAGGUUAAUUCAGGGAGUCACAGCUCUUUGAUGGUGUGCCAUUGGCUGCAAGAUGAACUGUCUGCAUAGUCAUGCAUACUAUAGCCUAGCCGGUGUUCCUACCCUCUCUCCUGAUACUGUUUGGUUAACAGGGGUGGAUUUUGAAAUCCUUUGAGCCUCUUUAGUUGUUUUUAAGAUACUGAUGUUUAAUCUUGCUUUAGUGUCUACCUACCAGUGUUAUCUACUGCAUGGUAUUAGACAAACACAGCAUAGCACUAUAAUAGGCCCUAGAGCUCAAUCUAUUGUGCUUAGCAGGGGAAUGUAAUUCAGACAGUUUCAUUAAUUUGCCUUUCUUGAAAACCCACAGGACAGUGGGAGUGAUCAAUGGUAUUGCACAUCUAGUUUUUCUUGUCAAUACAGCACUAAUGAUAUCAGUUAGGUCAACGCUUUUGUACCAAUUCCAUCCACAACUGUCUCGCCUAGGAACGCGGCAGUUGUUACAGUUCAUUUAAAAAAAAUAAAAUAGGGAAUGAUGUAUGACACAUUUUACACUUUGUAUAAAUUCUAUAGUGUUGGCGGGGUGUUUUUUUUGUUGUUGAUUGGCCUAGUGUGGUUUAAGGAAUGUUUUGUGAUUGGUCUUAGUUGCAUUUUUUUCCUGUGAUCUACUAUACCGGUACAUAAACAAACUAGGCCAGAGCAUUUAGAUUCCACCCUGGACAAAGCUUUCUGGAAUUUGAUGAGUGGGUCGAGAUUGUCUUUUUAAAUCACUUCCUGUAAUUUAUUUUUCAAUAAACAAGUACAUUGACCUUAUUGAUUAAAAUCGAUAAUCUAC